AUGUCGCAACACCCUUCGAGGCAAAGUGCACCUCAAAUAAGAGCCUCCCAAAGUAAUGGACAGACACCUAAUAAGCCCGCGGACUAUGUAUACUUUGACAGGAACUUGAACGACUUUUCCGGCGAUAUUCUACCGCGGGCGAAGAGUGCACAGCUCAAGCUAGAGCACUAUUACAAAGUUGCUGUAGAUGCUGCAAUUGAACGGAACACCAGGCGUGUCGAGCUGGAGCGGCGGUUGCAAUCAGAACACACAAUGUCCGAUGAACGAAAGAACAGACAACUGCAGCAACUAGGAAAGAAAGAAUCUACGUUUCUGCGCCUCCGACGGACGAAAUUAGGAUUGGAUGAUUUCCGGACCGUGAAAGUGAUAGGAAAGGGUGCAUUUGGAGAGGUCAGAUUGGUUCAAAAAAUUGAUACCGGUAAGAUUUAUGCGAUGAAACUCUUGAAGAAAGAUGAGAUGUUGAAGAAGGAUCAGCUGGCCCAUGUCAGAGCUGAGCGAGAUGUUCUUGCUGAAUCAGAUUCUCCCUGGGUCGUCCAGCUUUUCUAUUCAUUCCAAGAUGCAGCCCAUCUCUACCUCAUCAUGGAGUUCCUUCCUGGCGGCGAUCUUAUGACGAUGCUCAUCAAGUACGACACCUUCUCAGAAGAUGUCACUCGCUUCUAUCUUGCUGAAUGUGUCUUGGCCAUCGAGGCCGUUCAUAAACUCGGGUUCAUACAUCGUGAUAUAAAACCAGAUAACAUUCUCAUUGAUAAGGACGGCCACGUCAAGCUGAGUGACUUCGGCUUGUCUACUGGGUUCCACAAACAGCACGAUUCGACAUAUUAUCAACGUCUACUAGAAGGUAGCAACUCGCAAGCUAAUGCGGCUCCGCAGAAUGCUCGGAAUAGUGUAAUGGUUAACUCGAUCAACCUGACCAUGACGAACAAGGAUCAAAUAGCGACCUGGAAGGCCAAUCGUAGAAAACUUGCGUACUCGACUGUCGGAACUCCAGACUACAUUGCACCUGAGAUAUUCUUGCAAAAGGGUUACGGCAAGGAAUGCGAUUGGUGGUCUCUUGGAGCCAUCAUGUUUGAGUGUCUGGUCGGAUAUCCGCCUUUCUGCUCGGAAAACACGCAUGAAACCUACCAAAAGAUCAUGCAAUGGCAGCGUUAUCUCGCUUUCCCGGAUGAUGUACACCUGAGCAGAGAAGCUGAAGAUCUUAUUCGGAGACUCAUCACCUCGACUGAUAGAAGGCUGACUGUUGAGCAAAUAAAGAAACACCACUUCUUCUACGGUGUUGACUGGGACCUUAUCCGCGAAAUCGACGCACCAUUCGUUCCACACCUGCGGUCGAUUACCGAUACCUCUUAUUUCCCAACAGACGAACUGGACCAAGCCCCCGAUACAUCACAAGCAGACCCCAGUGCCGCCAGCAAAGAUUUGGCAUUCCUUGGAUACACGUUCAAACGUUUCACGAUUUCGUCCUGA